AUGUUAUCUUGGAAGUCCUCCUGCACUCCUUGUUCCAGGGGUGCCGUGAGGUCUUUCUCGCGACUGAGCUCGCCGCUCCUGGUUAAGCCGCCAUCAUGGUACCAAUUACACAGAAGUCAUACAAGACUUUCCUCUACUUCCGCCGACAAUGUUACCACAACACGAUCUCUUUCUGUCCCUUCCUCAUCCAGAUUCAAUGACAUCGGAGUCCAACAGCUGAGUGACCAUGUCCAUGCUCAAGUCUUCCCAAAUAAAGGUCGCGUCCCGGACCCAGAACUAGUCGCUCUUUCGAAGGAUCAUUUGGCUAGACAUGAGCUCCUGGGCAAAUCUCAAAAUGGCGCCGGUCCUGUCGCAUUCGAUCUUCCUGCUCUCAAGGGGCAAACAUUGGACGAGCACUUCUACAAACUUGGAAUGGAUUCUUCCGAGCCCUACCUGUCAUGGGCUAAAUCAUAUGCGGCUCACAACUGUCCGGCCAAACCACGCAAAUGGGUCAAACGCAGUGGAUGGACGAAAUACCAUAGUGAUGGCACUUCUGAGCCUGUCGACGCCCCAAAUGAAUCAAUGUUAACAUUCGACACCGAGGUGAUGUACAAAAAUAAUUCAUUUGCAGUCAUGGCUUGUGCGGUAAGCCCGACAGCAUGGUAUGCCUGGCUAUCACCAUGGCUUCUCGGCGAGUCAAAGAAUGAAAUACAGUUGGUGCCCUUAGGAGAUCCCACUCAACCUCGCAUUGUGGUUGGCCACAAUAUUGGUUACGAUCGAGCCCGAGUCCUUGAGGAAUACAACAUGCAGCAAUCUCAAAACUUCUUUCUUGACACAAUGUCCCUUCAUGUGGCGGUCAACGGCAUGUGUUCACAACAGAGACCAACAUGGAUGCGCCACAAAAAGAAUCAGGACAUGAGAGAUAAAAUCGCGAAUGAGCACGAUUCUGUGGAGCUUGCCGCACUUCUCGAAAACAAUAUGUUGAGGGAAGAAGAGGAAGAGCUUUGGGUUGGGCGAAGCUCGGUGAACUCCCUGCGAGAUGUGGCUAAAUUCCAUUGUGAUGUCACCAUCGAUAAGGCGCAGAGAGAUUUCUUCGGUGAACUUGAUCGUGACUCCAUCCUGGGCAGACUGGAGGAGCUUCUCGACUACUGUGCCGCCGAUGUUGCCAUCACCCACCGUGUCUACCGAAAAGUUUUCCCCAACUUUCUUGAGACUUGCCCGCAUCCUGUCAGUUUCGGCGCUCUUCGACACUUGUCCUCUGUCAUUUUGCCAGUCAACCAGUCCUGGGAAGAGUAUCUUGCCAGCGCAGAGGAAACCUAUCAUAAGCGACUUGACGAUGUCCAAAGUAAAUUGCUAGCACUAUGCGACGAGGCAUUGAAGUAUAAAGAUCAACCAGACAUUUACACGAAUGAUCCUUGGCUACAACAGCUGGACUGGUCCGGCCAAGAGAUCAAAAUGGCGAAAGGAAAGAAGAAGGGCGAUCCUCCUCGGCCGGCAGCCAGACAAAAGAAACCAGGAAUGCCCAAGUGGUACAAGGAUCUUUUUACUUCAAACGCUGCAGAGAUCAACCUGACGGUACGAACUCGCAUUGCACCUGUUUUGCUGAAACUGUCAUGGGACAACUACCCUCUUGUUUGGUCGGACCUUCACGGAUGGACUUUCCGCGUUCCCCGUGAUCAAAUCAAACAGUAUGAGAACCAGCCAGUCGUCAUGUGCGAUAUGGCCGAGGAAAAGAACACCGAGUUGCGAGACGAUAGGAAAGCCACAUACUUCAAAAUUCCCCACAAAGACGGCCCCCAGGCCAGGUGUACCAAUCCGCUUGGCAAAGGGUACAUGCAAUAUUUCGAGCGUGGAAUCUUGUCGUCUCAAUAUGAACUUGCCAAACAAGCGCUAGAUAUGAACGCGUCAUGCUCCUACUGGAUCAGCGCCCGAGAUCGAAUCAAGGGUCAAAUCGUGGUCUAUGAAGAUCAGGUGCAAAAGGGCGGAGAGAAGAGUCAAGCAAGUGAGAAUCGUGUCGGGUUCAUUCUGCCUCAAGUUAUUCCCAUGGGAACCAUCACUCGACGUGCCGUGGAAAAUACUUGGUUAACUGCAAGUAACGCGAAAGCCAACCGUGUUGGGUCAGAGCUAAAGGCUAUGAUCAAAGCACCGCCAGGCUACUCGUUCGUUGGAGCCGAUGUCGACUCCCAGGAAUUAUGGAUUGCAAGUCUUGUUGGAGAUGCCCCAUUCCAGAUUCACGGAGGAAACGCAAUUGGCUUCAUGUGCUUAGAAGGGUCCAAAGCUGAGGGGACGGAUCUUCACUCACGAAGUGCGUCGAUUCUGGGAAUCUCGCGUAAUGAUGCCAAGGUCUUCAACUACGGCCGAAUCUACGGGGCAGGCGUCAAGUUCGCCGCUACUUUACUUCGCCAGUUCAACCCAUCUCUGACUGAAAAGCAGACACAAGAGACUGCUAAGAACCUAUACAAAGAGACCAAGGGAACGCGCACUUCACGUCGCCUAUUGAGUGAGACGCCGUUUUGGCGAGGUGGCACUGAAUCCUUUGUGUUCAAUAAACUCGAAGAGUUCGCGGAUCAAGAACGACCUAGAACCCCCGCUUUGGGUGCUGGGAUCACCGAGGCGCUCAUGCGACGUUUCAUCAACAAAGGCAGCUUCAUGACUUCCCGAAUCAAUUGGGCCAUUCAGUCGUCGGGUGUCGAUUAUCUUCACCUCUUGAUCGUUGGCAUGGACUAUCUCAUCCGACAAUUCAACAUCCAGGCCCGCUUAGCCAUCACUGUUCACGAUGAAAUUCGCUACCUUGUCAAAGAUGAAGACAGGUACCGCGCUGCAAUGGCUUUGCAGAUUGCCAACGUUUGGACCCGCGCCUUAUUUUCGCAGCAAGUGGGCAUUGAUGAUCUUCCCCAAUCCUGUGCCUACUUCUCAGCAGUCGACAUUGACCAUGUGCUUCGCAAAGAAGUCGACAUGGACUGUGUGACUCCCUCUCACCCCCACAAAAUUCCGCAUGGUGAAACGCUGGAUAUCACUCAGCUCCUGGAUAAGGAUCAAGAAGCUUUCUUGGACCCUUCCAUCACACCACAGUCGCCUCCAAACCCCGAAAAAUACCCAUACACCCCACGGGAGUCGGUCAUGUCCGCCUUCCAAGCAUCCAACGACAUUGACUUUAUCAAAGCUCAGAUCACCAAGGAUGACAAAGAGCUCCGCGAUAUCAUCAAGGAGAAGACGCGAGCAGCUACUGGUGCCAGCGCUCCUAGCCCUCGCACCCCUUCUACCAAACCGAAAGGCAAAUCUACCAAUUGGACCUCAGCAAAGCCCCAGCGGGCGGUUCUGAUGGACAUGGAGUCAGGUCUCUAUCCCGACUUCCACGGCCCCCCUAGGCCUAGUUCUCAUGGGAACAAGCAGCCUCAAAUGGGAUUCCACCGUCCUUCCUGGAAACCACGGGCAACAACAGCCCGAGUAUAA